AACUAUCGAUAGCUGUGAUUGUAUUCGUUAGUUUUCCAUGUGCCCGAGUAAUUUAUGUGUGAUGAGCCUUCCUGAGUACCGAGUUUAUAGUGUAGAUUUAAUUAGAUAUUCUUUUCGGUGAUCGUUGAGUACCCAUCUCACUAAGCACAUGCCCGAUUUUUCAUUUGUUUCCCGAGAAAACUAACUAGAAUCAAACAGCAUCCUUCAUGGAGUAAGAGCACGCUGAAACCAAAGCGGUAGUUCGAAGAUCCGGGCUGAUUAGUGGUGAAAUACGUAUCUGUGAAGUGUGAUCUGGAUGCGUAAAUCUAAACUAAUCAGAGUGCAAUGUUAUCAGGAGUGUGACUGAUAAUAUAAGCAUAUUACUCUGAUAGCUUUCUUUGAUUCCGAGCAUUAACUAACAUAAUCUUUCUAAAGCUAUACUAACAGAGUACCCGAGCCUUCAGUUCCUGAUUCUAAUUACAAUCGUAUUGUUUGACAGAGUUCGAGACGUGAUUCCGAUAGAAGGGAGCACAGGCGUUCGAACAGGUCGAGGUCAGUUUCACGCGACCGUCAUCGUCGUAGAAGGAGGUCCAGGAGCGCAGAAUCCAAUGAUUCGGAGCGUGAUAGACGCGAGAUGGAACCUAUCCAACAGCGUCAACGUCGCAGGCAGGACGAACGAGAUCGUAAUGAACGAGAGGAAUCUGAGCGACAGAGAAGACCAGAACAAGCCAACUACGUAAACGCAAUGCGGAAUGAUAACAGAGGUCAACGACCGCAGCCGCCCGUCAACGCUCAUCUAUUUCCGCACCCUCCCGACCACAAUUGUUAUAAUUGUUCCGACCCGUCGCAUUACGAUUGGGAGUGCCCGCACUACGGUCAAGGAAAGCAGUGUUUCCGGUGUGGACAAUUUGGUCAUAUAUCGAAGGAAUGCAGAAACGAGUACCGUGACUACAGAGGAGAGUUUGAACCCGAGCCUGAGGACCUGAUGGAAGACAUCAGAAGAUGCGAGAGCCGAAGACUAUGCGAAGAGAGAGUGCGUCGGUACGAGGACGAACAUUGUCAUAGACCCGAGAGAGAAAGACACCCGAGGGAAGAGGAAAAUCGGGUAUACAACUUCCGAUACCACGAACCAACCGACAGUCGUGCGAACCCAAUUCGUCGUGAACCGAGCCCACCAUCCCGAGAACCUGAAAGAGAAGAGAAACGGCCGGAGGUGAGGUCACGCAUUGUUACGCCGACUCACUACGUCGUUCCAGCCGAUAUCGUUUCGGUCCAGUCAUCGACCGACGAAAUUGAUGUUCCAUUUAUGGAAUUCAUGUCAACGAAUGUUCCGAAGAUGCCGACGAAAGAGUUGGACAAAGGCAUGACCAUUCAAGCGUACAAUCAUGCCACCGCGCUCGAAGAACAACUCGCGUGGACGAAGAUGUGCCUGAGUAUUCGUCUACAAAUGAUCGAAGCAGAGGAAUCCGAACCUCCAGCGUUGGGACCAGCGUCGCCAUUCCCAGCGAUUGAGUAUCAACCGCUUAUACGGGCUAUUAAACCAGCCCCAAUCCCGAGUCAACUGGCAAUAGGACCACCCGAAUACCAGCAGACAACGACGCAGGUAGAAACCACAACGCAUACGGUAGCGUGUGGUCCACCAGAAUCAAUGAUGUCAAAAUCAUCCGCUACUCAAGACGCCGAAAACCUAAUUGCCCGAGUAACCGGGUCCAAAUCGUCCGAACUGAAACCGAAGGGAAGAAGCCAAAUGCACCCGAAUGACCCUCGGAGGCACGACUUGUCAAGAGGACGAACACCGACGAAAGCGGAAAUGAAAGACGUUCCGAAGCCUAUGAAAAAGUUCGCCGAAUCAUCGGCUGUAAGCGGCGUAACGCCGUUACGAAAGUUCGUAGACACGCAAUACAACCCUUGCGACGAAGCCAAGGCACCUAAACCUGAAAAGAAAGAAUUUGGGCCGAUGGACAGAAAACCAACGAAGCCGAUAAAAAUCGAUCGAACUAUCGUGAAACUGGUACACACCCGAAAUCCGUCUUCGAGCGGACCGCGUUUUCCCACACCGAGCUCUUUUCAAGAGAGAGCUAAAGCGGACGAAGACAUGGACACGUCCAGUCCACAAAGAACUCCCGAGAAAAAGCCGAAGGAAAAAGUCGACGAUACGAGAGAAAUUCAGCAAACAUCGGAGAAACCGCACCUAAAUUCCCUAGGUCAACCGAUGGGAGCUGAGCGUCCUCACACCCCCGAGAUAAUUCGACAAAAUCUGAAGCACAAAGUCGAAGUACCCGCAGAAGAACAGUGGGAAGCCGAAUUACCCAAAGGAGUCAGCCCAUUGCGCCGUAUCCGAGCGGACUACUAUUCAGUCCAUUUUGAAACCGUUCGGCAAAUCGCGAGUGACAACCAAGCGGUAUUGGAAACCAUCCGAGAAAGACUCGACAGCAGGAUGCUAGCCGAUGAAACCGAUGCUGGAAUAUCCGUUGUAACCGAGGAAGAACGAGCACUAAUCACGCAGGAGCUGAUUGAAAUUGAUAUGGACAUGGUCGCCGUCUCCAGAGUUAGUCAAGAUGCAGGCUUUAUUGACGAUGCCAUAGAGGCAUUCGAAACAAUCCUGCAAGUAUGCGGACAAUAUGGUGAAAAACCGAGCGGGAAGGUACAACACUACCUCGACAAGUUAAAGGUGGAAAAUAUGUCGAUUAUAGAACGGCACAAGGAAAAACGUUGUCAAUCCAGACACCGACGACAAGCCCGAAAGAAAGCCGCCGAGAACGUGGACGAUGGAAUAGAAGAGGAUUUCUUAUCCGAUGAGAAACGAGACCGGAGUCCACCACCACCUCCGCCGGGACCCCCACCGGCUGGCGCUGAAAUUAUAGUAUCCUGAGUCAUUUCACCCGAGUAAAAUUGUAAAUUGUAAUUUCAAGAAGGAGUCUGAAGUUUAUUGUUUUGUUAGAGUUAAGUUGUAACUUGUUACCUGAGAUCCGGAGAGGUACCUCGCGCAGGGAGGGAGUGUCGACGGCUGCCGCGUAGCUGCGCUAGUUACCGACGCUACUUCCCGACACCUGUGUAACCAGGCCUUAGGCCACAGCUAACCCGAGUACGUGAAGGUAGCGCAGCCUCUCCGUGCACUUGCUUUUAUGUUGUUCGAGAGUAAUGAUCUCCUCUGUGUAAUUUUGCAUACGUUAUUAUUUUAUGCGUUAUUAGAGUGUUUAUUUCGUGGUUGUUUUAUUUGAAUAAAUAUUCCAUUUAAUUCAAA